UCUCCUCAACGUUCGGUAGCCUAAAAGUUAACCCUAAUAAAAAAAAUUAUAAAAGAAAAAUUAAAGAGAGAGGGUUAACAUUUACAAGUAUAGAUUACAGUUAAGAAAGAGUGUACAGAUUAAAGUGGGUUCUUCUGGAGAGAGAGAGAGAGAGAGGCACGGCCACCAAUCCCAUGGCAGCUUAAGCCUCUUCCUCUUAUUUUUGUUGAAAUAUUUAGAAAUUGUGUUGUGUUAGUGAGAGAGAGAGAAAAGAGGGAGUGUUGGUGAUUCCAGAUGCUUAGGAAAUGGGGAAAAAUGAGCAACAGCAACAUGUGCAAGAAGAAGGACAGAGUGGUGGGGGUGAGGUUGAGCGUCUGCGUUGUUCGGUGCUCCUGCGAGCAUUCAGUUUCAAGUGUCUCUUUCUUCUCAUCCUCAGUUUGUCAGCUUUGCUUUCGGCACUCUUUUGGGUUCUUCCCAGAUACACCAUCACAUAUAGCUUUGAUGCAAAAGAUGUAAUUAAGCAAAGUGCUACUGUUCAGACAUCCUUCAGACUGGAAAAACCAGUUUCACAGCUUAUUCCAUACAUUGAAACAUUAGAGUAUGAUAUAUAUGGCGAAAUAGCUCUGCCAAAUACAAAGGUGGCUAUCCUAUCCAUGCAUCAAAGUAUUACACCUAACUGUACUGAUGUGGUGUUUGGUGUUCUCUCUGAUCCAAUGAAUGCAUCAAUAAAUCCAGUGUCCUUGAGUGUGCUGAGGUCAUCAUUAAUUGAACUGUUCCUCCAACAAUCCAACCUGACUUUGACAACAUCAAUAUUUGGGAAUGCAUCUGUAAUUGAGAUCUUGAAGUUUCCUGGAGGGAUAACUGUAAUACCAGUGCAGUCUGCAUCUGUUUGGCAGAUACCUGAGAUUCUGUUUAAUUUUACUCUUAACAAUUCAAUAUCUGAAGUAUUGGGUAACUUCGAUGACUUCAAGGAUGAAUUGAAGUUUGGGUUGCAUCUAAACUCUGAUGAGAAUGUGUAUGUGCAAAUAACAAAUACAAAUGGUUCAACGAUAGCUCCUCCAGUAGUAGUGCAGGCUUCAGUCAUGCCAGGCUUUGGGAGCCUCUUGCCCCAAAGAUUAAAACAAUUAGCUCAAACAAUAACAGGUUCUGCUGGAAAAAAUCUUGGUCUGGAUAACUCAGUAUUUGGCAGAGUCAAAGAAAUCAGGUUAUCUUCUUAUCUGAAGGAUACACUACAUGCUUCCUCACCUUCACCUUCUCCUGCUCCAUCCCCACAGUUAAUUGAUCACUCUGAGCCGUCAGUUUCGCCAUAUCAUGCUCCAAUAGCACCAGCAACUGCUAAGCAACCUCCUUGUAUUGACUGUGAAGUAUUUUCACCUUCACCGUCUAUUCCUCCUGAUCCCUGUCCAUACAGUGGCUCUGUACAUCAUCCAAUUCCUUCGCCAAAAUCAUAUUCUAGACCAUCAUUUCCCCCAGAUUAUUCACCUGCUGCUGCCCCUUCCUCUAAUUCUGCCAGCCAGACAACUGAGGAGGUUUCAGAUGUGUCACGUGUAGGUGAGCCUGAGGUGUCACAUGGAUCCAAGCUUCGCCAGGGUCAAGGGAGUUCUAAAAAAUUGGUGUCUCAUUUGCUUGCUCCAUCUUCUUUAUCUUUGGCGGGUGGUGAUUCCCGUUGGGAAAUCUUGCUAAUGGGAUUUUGUAUGCUAUUAAUUUCUUUCGCUUUUCUCUAUGAUACAACAUUUUGAUGAUGUGGAGAUGUUGUCUAAUGAAGGAUCGUCAAGACAUGCAAGGACUACAGCCUAAUGAUGCUUUGAAAGUUUUGUUCAAACAAAAGAAGGAAGAAGCUUCCGUCAAAUUUUAUUGUCUUAAUUUUACUUCAAGCAUGCAACCACCAUGUAAAGCUUCGGUGGAUUAUGGGUCAAAGCCAGAGAAAGUUGGCAGGCCUCUCAUCUCAUCUAGUACUACAUAUUCUAUCAAGCAUGAAAUUGAUCCCAAAGGGGUCAACUAACAAACAAGAUCCAGAGAAAAUUUGGCUUUCAGAUGUCAGAAGAACCGUCCCUUGUAUUCGAUUAAGUGUAUGAUAUGCCAAGAAAUAUGGGUUCUUUGAGCAUCUGAAUCUGUAAAACUACAGUAAUAUUUAGUAAAGGGAUAAAUUAACAUUUGUAUAGCUCUAUGUUUACCCCUUCCCUUCCUUCUCCUUACUCUUGAAAGAAAUUAAAAAAUUUAAAUUUAUCCUUG